GAGCGUCGGAGACAUGUACAAACAGUGCUUAUUGUCUUUGAAUCUGCUCCUCUAUCAAUCAAUCAGUCAGCAGAUGUCAGGGGGGAGUCGAUGGCUGCUUGGUGAGGGGGGGACACAUGAAGGGGGAGGGGUAAAGUUUGACAGUCACUCACAGUUGGCACCGAGGAUCCAGGAUGCUUUGAGGCGGAUGGGGAGAGGGGCAGAGAGAGCGAGGCAGAGGUAGAGAGGGUGAGUUUCUAUCGUAAGGGGGAGAAGAAACCACACACUCUUUGCAUUUCACCUUUAGGAAACGGAGAAAGUGAGAAGUGUGGAAAAGGGGGCGAAGGAGUAGAAAAAAAAAUAGGAUAUGAAAAGAACAUGAAAGAAAGAAAUCGUCAUUAAACGCACCACGAAGUUCUCUCUUUCCCUCUCUUCCUCCAUCUCACACCUCUCUCAAUUUAAUCUUAAAUCCACUCCAAUUUCCCCCGAGGGACUCAAUUCUCUCCUUUUCCUCGAGAGACAGAAGGAGAGGAGUCCAUUCCUCCUGGUAGUGUGACACCAGGAACCUACUCUCUCUCUCUCUGUGCUCCACUCCCUGGCUCCUGCACACUCCCCUCCAACCAUGACACUGCUGGCCUCCGAGAGGUCGCUUCUCAUCCGGAACAAGUUCCGCUCAGUCCUGCAGUUGAGGAUUCAGAACCGAAGGCAGAGUGAAAUCAAUGCAGACUCUGGGUUGAAAUCUACUCAAAAAGCAGAGAAAGACCAGAGUGAAGCUCUGCGUCUAACCGACGAUGGUGCUGCUCAGAAGUUGCCCCCUAGUGGUCUGAACACUGAAACUGCACAAGAGAAGACUGUGUGUGGGCCCCAGAGGCAGAAGAAGGCUCGCCAGGCGCAGGACCUCAGCGAGAGGAUCCAACGUCUGCCUGGACCCGUGGAGCAACAGCACGAACACACACUGCCCCUGGAGAACCGCCCUGCCUCUUUCCCACUGUCAGCUGAUGUCUUCGAAGAUGACAUCUCGUCAUGCUCCUCUUCCCCACCCACGGAGCAACAUGGCAUUCACCAAUCACCGGCCUUUUCUUCAUUGCCAGGGCUCUCAGGUGACCAAUUACUGAGUGACUUCUCAGCUGUGGGCCCGCCCCUUAACCACAGCCCCAGUCAUGCUCAGUCUGGUUUGGCGUUGCUCCCGGCAACCGAGGGCAUCAGACAACCGCUGAGUGUAACACUGGGUGAAUCAAACUCCAUGGCAACAACUGGGAGACCAAAUGGGAUGUAUCUGACCUCUCAGACCACACCCCUGCUGCCAAAGACAGCUCGGCCUCCCAGUCCCACCUGUUCCUCCUCCCUGCCCACCUCCCUCAACUUCAACCAUCUCCCCCGCCCACGGAAACCGCGGGACACCAAACCCAAAAUGAGGAAACUCAAGUAUCAUCAGUACAUUCCUCCAGACCAGAGAGGAGGGUCUGGCACUGGAGGGGGAGGAGCCAAACAGAAGAGCCCUACCCCUGCCCAGCCUUUAGACCCUGCCUAUUCCCACCUCCUGAAGCAGCAGCAGGUCUUCCUCCAGCUGCAAAUCCUCCAGAACCAGCAACAGCAGCAUCAGCAGCAACAGCAACAACAGCUACAACCACAACAACAGCUCACUGUUGUGCCCAGUGGAGAUCACAGUGAUCUUGUGAAGUCCUCUGGGGCCAUGCCCCUUAAUCCCCAACCCGUUCCCGCCACAACAAACCACACCCCUAUGGACACAAACCUGGCAUCCAAGCCUGAGCUUCUGCCUGCCAAUCUCGUUGAUCUAACAGUGUCAGAGUUGCGGCAGCAGUUGCGGCAGCGGGGCCUCCCUGUCUCCGGCACCAAGCCCACUCUUUUGAAACGUCUCCGCCCCUUCCAGCUUCCCCACUCUUGCCUCACUCCUGCUCCGCUCUGCCAGCUGGGUACCAGCCUGGAGUCCCUCACCCCAUGCCCCCCGCUGCCACCCAGCCAGAGCCCCGGCUCAAGCUCCAGCUCCGGACUAGACUCGCCCAGCAGCAGCCCGAACCAACAGAUGUACAUCCCAGACAGAGGAAUUCCUAAUGGGAUUCUCACUGACGCUCCAAACGGGAUUCUGAACACAAUGCCGAACGGUUUCUCGUCAGUCAGUUUGGCAGGCGAACAGUGCGGCCUUACCAAUGCUGUCUUCCUGGCUCCUGCAAGCACAGCCUCGGGAACUCCAAGUCCCAGUCUACCCAUGUCGUCCUCCUCGCCCCUGCAGUGUGGGACUCCCUGGAGAAGCGAGAAUGAGCAGCAGCAGCAACAGCAGGAGCUGAGUGUCGAGCUGGAGAUGAGGGAGAGGUUAAGGAGCAGGCCCAGAGACCGCUCCACUAACACCGGCAACGAGUCUUGUGGCGGAUCUCUUCAUCCAUUCCUGCAACAGGAUCUGGGAUGCUCUCGAGGCAAGCCAGAGACGGACACGCAGACAGAGGUGUUGUUUACGCAGGUGUUCUCCUGCCAACCGUGUGAUGUGAUUGGCCAGGAUUUCGAGCUGCCAGUGCAGAUUACAGCAAGUCCUGUUCAGAUUUUGCCUGGUGUUCGCAGCUUGGAGGAAGAACUACAGGAAGCUAUCCAGAAAGCGCAGAUGGAUCCUCGGCAGUCCAUAGACGAUAUCCUGGAUGAGCCUGUAACUUGUGUCGGCUCUAUCAAUGUCUCCGAUCAUAAAUCCCCUGCACACUCAGUCCCCGGCCCAUCGCCGCCGCCUCCUCCCCCUCCUCCUCCCGCUCACGCCGAUCAGUCCCAGGCCUCCCAGCAGCACAACAAGGAUGACAGCUUCCUGCCUUCACCUCUUUGCUCCUCUCUCUUGCUGGAGCUUCCUCCAUCUCCUGCUGUAAUAAACCCCAGCCAGGUGGUCCCAGCUCCUCCCCCACCACCCAUCUGCACCUCCCCUCUGUCGUCCAAUGGGAAGUCACGAAAACGACGGGCUCCGACAUUGUUUGACGCCGCCGACUGGCUUGAAACGCUGACAUCUGGCCUGCGCCCUCUCACUCCACCAACAGCUCCUUUUGUUGAGUCCGACUUCAGUCUGGAUUCAGAUCUGAAUGUCAGCCGAGUGCUGGAUCUAAUGAUAGAGCAGUGGUGAGGACCUGUGUGCGCAUAUCUGUGUGUAACACCUUUGUAUGUACAGUGUGUGUUGUAUUUUUUGACGGUCGUGAAUGGGGUAGACUGUAUGCAUCCCACUGAGGGCACAAGAUUGUGAAUAGCGGCCUUCAUCCAUCCAUCCUUGAAAGGCUGUCAGAGUCGCUAGCUCCACGCAAUGUCGAGAGCUGGAUUCAUUGCAAGCUUUGAUGAGGCAACAAGAGCACAAACACACGCACACACAGACACUGCCGAGCGCUUGUUUAAAAGUACUAGGGCUCAGCCAGGAAUGGCAAACAAGCUACACAUCUGUGGAUUGACACACUCCGCAGCACAAUGUUUGCAGUGCAAAACAAAAGAAAACCUGGUGGCAUAUUAAUUUAAACAUGCUUCCUGGCUGCGUUGGGUGAAUGUUGUUUCUGACUUAUCUCCAAAACCCGUUGUCGGACUGGGUUGAGUGUGGCCCCUGGUGUUGACUCAGUCAUUGAGUCCCAGCCAUUCAUAAAGCCCAUUUAGAGUGUGUAAAAGCCAGACAGUGCACACAGCUUGUGUGUGGCUCCAGACCUUAACCCCGGUGCCAGACACACAGUCGGCAUGCAGAGGGAGAAAGCUGGCAGAAGCUACAAACAAGCAGUGUGAGUGUGUGCUCAUGUGUACGUGCAAGCGCGUAUGUGUUGAGUACGUGCGUGUUCAAUAUGUAACUGCGUGCGACUGUGCACACAAGGCUGCUUUUGUUGUUUGUAUGUGUUGUAACACCCAAAUGCUUCCAUGUAUAUUUAUAAGCAUUAAUGCCAAAUGCACUUGUAGUUAUUUGCUUACAAUUAAGUGAUCCUGUUUGUGUGGUAUGAUUGAUCUGUGAGAGGAUAUGUGUGAAAGACACCGAACAAGAAGCCGUGGAUUUCUGUGUCCACAUUUCAGACCAGACAUUUCAUCGUAGUCUCGCUGCCAGCAGGCAGUAACUCCAGUGUAGUUAUCCAGUGUAAUCAUCAGAACAACCACAUUUUGUUCAAGUCACCGUCCUCCAGGAGAGCAAUCAGGCAACAACCCCAAAAAUAGUCCCCUAUACAAAUGCACCAAUCAGACAAGCGAGAGUUCUCUCAUCGCUUUGCAAAAACAGGUGGUCAUUUUGUUCCCUGAUUAACCCCCAACAGUGUCUGGCCCGCUGCACAGCGCUUACUCUGCUACUAGCAAAGCCAGAUUUAGCACAAUUUAUAGCCCAACCUCAAGGCCACACCUGUUCACUUAGUGUAAAUUAAUUCCACAAAUGUUUUAUUUGACAUUGUUAAAUCUUUUUUUUUUUUUUGCUGUACAUUACAAAACGUUUCUUCCAUUUCCAUUUCUAUUUAAGGGAAAAAAAAAAUGCACUGUAGAAUUAGCACAAAAUAAUGUUAUGGAGAUUAUGUAACAUAUCACAUGACCAGAGGUGAGCACGUCAGUUGAAGCUGAUACAGUAAAUGCUGCACAUUUUCUUACUGGUGACAGUGAUCUUGCUUUUAUAUUCUACAUGAUUUACUGGUCAUGCAGAAAUGGGUACAUUAUUUGUUUUCAUAAUACACUUUCGGUGAGUUAUAUCUAUUUUUAACCCCACUUAAUGUAAUGACAUUAAUGAAAACAAAUCUGACAGAGGUUAGCUACCAUUAACCUCCGCUCUGACAGAUAAAUCUACAUCUUCAUCAACUUAUAUUCUGCCCUUAAUUGGCUGCAUUCAUAUCUGGAACAUUUUUAUAAUUUUAUAACUAACUGGAAGUGCUUCUGUAAGAAGAAGGAGGAGAAGUUUUGUCCUCUCCUCAGUCUCCAAAGCAUCGUGUAAAAAGGUUAAGUGCUGAGUGCAAUAUGAUUUGUGUAAAGGGCACAUAAACUGACAGAUCUGAGGUCACAGUAUGUUCAUGUCAUGUCUUUUGUACGCAAACUUUUCAGUGUUGUUGCCGGCCAGAAGGCUUGUUCUCAUGAUUAGCCGGUGUCUUAACCAAGCAAGACAGCGUAAAAUCGUUUGGAAGAAGAUAUCUGUGCGCAGGCAAACAGCUUUACGUCGAAGCAAUUCUUGGACUGCUUUUUUUUUUUACAGAGACAAUGAAAAAUGCAGUAAAAUGUGGAUGGAUGGCUAUGAUAAUCAUAGCGAUCAAUAAACAUUGCCUGCUGCAUGAAUAAAAAAAAAGAAAGAAGAAGAAAUGAAAAUUGAUAGGCAGGAGAGUAAGAUGCUACCUCCUGUGACUUCCAGUGCUUUAGGGCCCACACCAGUGUUUUCCUCUUUUCUUAUUUAAUUUCCAAACACUGGUGCAGAGUUUCCUGGAACACCCAUGAGACGUUUCACAGGUUGGACUAAAGCCCGGGUUUAAUACUUGUGUUUUAAACUUGACCUGAUGUAGAUUUGAAUCUGGUUAGGACAGAUUGGAAACACUCGGGUGAUUCAGGUAACUGGACUCUGUUGGCCACUUCUGCUGCUAUAAAUGCCUUAUUAUGAGAGAAAAUAAAAUGUUUGCUUUUAUUUAUUAUGUAACUUAUUCAUGCAAAAAUACCAACCACUGUCCAAAAUGUAUUUACAAGCAUUGAGAAAAUUAAAGUCUUAA